AUGGUAUUCAGUUCCAUCCGCAAACACAUCAAUUACCAAAAACAUCAAGAAUUAGAAAAAAAAUUCCUUGCCUCGAAGACACGAGAGUCUCGGUUCCAGGAGACAAUGAAUCCUCCCGAGUUCCACACCACCCAACAUGAGGAAGAAUACUCAGCUGGUCUUGAAGUAGAUGAUCCCACGUUGGACGUGUCAAAUUAUCAAACCACUCAAUCUUGGACCGCAUGCGAUGGUCUGGCCACAAAUGGCAAAGAGGAUCAUGAGUUUCUGGUUCCAGAGCAAUCAAAUUCAGAUGACGACAUAUUCAGUGACAAGGAGCUGGACUCGUGUGCAAGUGACCAUGACACAUCAUCUGAUUUAUCUGAUUUGAACUCAAAUGAUGAGGCCGACGGCGAGGAUUUUGAGCUAUCAGCAGCAGACCUUGAUUUCAUGCGCGAACUGAGCAGGGUUGGCGAUGGUGAAUCUGGUAGUACCACUGCUCGACCACAUGUGGAUAGGAGUUGGUGGCCGUUCCGGACCAAAGAAGUGUGUUUACAGUUACUCACUCUGCUUGAAGAUUGCUCAUUUUAUGUCCUCUGUCAGUACAUGAUUUCUUCGCUAGUCAUUGGAUACGCCCACGCAAUACUGUCGCAGAGCAUCUACGACCACAUCCGCUCAAUGUUUUCGCUGGUACACGUCAUCCUACCUGAUUGGACCACAAACAGGCGGGAGAAAAAAAAACACCGGGACUUGCUACAGAUGGAUGUGAAAAAGUCUUACUCAAUCCUGGGGAACCCUACGUACGCCCUGAGCAUUGAGAAGAUCCUUGGGCAGGAAAUUGGAAAUCCUUUGGUCACACGCGCAAUGGAUUACUAUCCCGAAGACGCGAGGGGCAAAAAUAUCUUCAAGUUGUCUCAAUCGAAAAAAUGGCUCGAGGAUAUGGACCCAGAAACCCGAGCCCCAAUGGUCCAAACACCAAAUGGUGAUUUCUAUCUAUUUGAGCCAGUUCAGCUCUCCAACGAUUCAAUUGUUGUGCCCCUUUUCUUUUAUCAAAGAGGUGAGGAUUUGUGGUCAAAGUGUGUGACCCCAUCUUUUGAACCGGAAGCCAAUGGACACAACCUGCGAAUCUCUAUACCUUGGCGUGUCAAUUUCAACUCAGAUAUUAUUCACGAAAUCAAUAUCUCUGAAUUUUAUUGUGCGUUCCCAAAUAUCGCUGGGCCGGAAGGACUCAUGCUAUCUCAGCGAUGUCAGGGUAGACUUUAUGAGUUGGGUGAUCACAUGACCGGGAUACAUUUACUGCCUAAUCCAUGGAGGGACCACGCCAAAGGAAAGAUGAUACGACACAUGCCCAUCACGUUGUAUUGUGAUGACACCUCUGGAAAUCAGUCCAAACGAUGGAACAAACAUGUCUCAUUUUAUUUCACACUAUCUGGACUUCCCCCAAGCAUGAGCAACCAACAAUAUAACUGUCAUUAUCUCACCACAUCGAACGAGGCCAAUGCUAUGGAGCUUGCCGGCCCAAUUGUGGCUGAAAUGAACCAAUUGUCAACCACUGGAACGGUCGCUUGGGAUGCCGGCUUAAUGGAAGAGGUCCUGGUUACAUCAAACGUCCUGUGCUUCCUGGGGGACUCCCCAAUGCAUGCUGAGGCAACAAGUACACCACUACCUGCCAAUGCACUCCACCCAUGCCGUGCGUGUGAUCUCUCGGCAGCCAGUGUCAAGAAUAAGGCCACUAUGGAAUAUGUCUGUUCAUUCACUAUGCUUGAUUCCUCCGGCCUUUGGAUUAAUAAUCCCAAACGGUCGUGGGCCAAAAUCAUAGAGAAUUGUUACCACAUAUGGCACAAGUCAGAAAAGCCUCGUACAAAGACCGCUGUUGGGGAAGAGAUUACAAAGUUGGGCGUGCGGGACGUAUUGAACACCUCCAUCAUCGAUCGGAGAUAUGAAAUAUUGAGCAAGAAGGACGAGGCGACCGCAGAGGAGGUCAAAUUUGUUCAGGGACUGAAAAACUUGGACCAGGCAGCAAAGGAGCCUUUGUUCAGUCCUUUCUUCCAACUUAAAGGCUUUGAUGGGUGUUCUGACACCCCAGUUGAGGUGCUCCAUGUUUUCCUCCUUGGAGUUGUCAAAUACAUGUUGCAAUCAAUCAUGAAAGGGCUCCCGGCCGGGGUUGUACCAGAAGUCAUGGCCCGAUACGAAUCGUUUGACACCAAAGGAUUGAAUGCACCAUCAAUGCGGCCUUACUACCUCACCAAACAUUACAGCAACCUCAUUGGCAAGGACUUCAAGGUGGCUAUUCAGGCGGCCCCCUUCGUUUUGUUUGAAUACAUGUCGGAGGACGAGCGCUUGGUAUGGUCAGCUUUGUGUCAACUUGCUCCAUUGGUGUUUCAAACACACAUUGCAGACAUGGAUGCGUAUCAAGUCAGCCUACGGCAACUCAUCCGGGUUUUUAUCUAUCACCUUAUCAAGACCACUGCCCAAUGGGUCAACAAGCCCAAAAUCCACAUGCUACUUCACCUUGCCAACUCAAUUCUCCGCUUUGGACCAGCUGCUUUAUUUGCGACAGAGAAGUUUGAGAGCUACAAUGGUGUUUUAAGGAAAUCCUCAAUUCAUUCCAAUCGUCAGAGCCCCGGGAAGGAUAUUGGUAUAUCCUUUGCAAACUUUCGAAAUCUGCGCCACCUAGCAUCUGGGGGGUUCUUCUUCAACCGUCUUGCGAAUGGGUACCAAACUGCAUCUGCAAAGGUCCUCGAACUGUCUGCAAACAGUCCUUUGGUUCAAAAGUCGAUGGGUUACAACGCCGAAAAUCUGGACAAUCCAAUUCCCUUCAAACCAACUGUGGGGGGACGCAGAAUUCAUAAGGCCAAAAACGUGACCAUUCCUGCUGACCUGGCCACUCAACUUCCAGGUCAUACAUUCAAGCAAUUGCCUGGCAUCCACAUCACACAGAAGGAUCUACUGCGCAUUGGCUCUUUUGUUCUUUUCAAAUCCAACCAGGGGGACCUGUUGCAACUGGGGCAAAUUGAUCAUAUGUGGGAAGCCCGGAAGGAAAGGAGGGCCAAAUUUGUUGUAUGUCUCACCCCGUUUGAGUUUGGUGGCAUCAGCAAAUUCUACAACAUGAGGGAGACAAGGAGGGGUGGUCAGGGGCGUAUUGUAGGAAUUCAAGACGUUGUUUCUACACUGAAUGUUCAGCACGAUUGCCACAAGGGCCAAUGCUCCAUUGAGUUGACAAAGCAAAAGAAGUUGGAGCGGGAAGCCAUCAGUCGUUAUGUGGGGGAAGUGACACAUGCCGAUAACAUCAACUACAUUGUGAAUUUGGCCUCUUUGUCAUCUGUGGAUGCUCACAGGAACUUUUCUGGGGUACCGGUGGAAGCAGUUGACUGCAGGAAACAACUCAGAGGAGUGCAUGAGGGAUUGACUCAAUGGCAUCUUGCAGGUACCCAAACUGGACCACCAGAGCCGCUUGUGGUUGUUGAUCCUGCCCUCUUCUGA